AAAAAAAAUCACGAUGGUGGCGGAUCGCCGUGGACCCACUUUCCGCUUUUAGCUCGGGAAUAAGCAGGCGAUCAUUCCUUAAUCACAAUGAGGAUAUGGGAAUAUCAGUGUCUGAAGACGGUUCAGAGAAGAUCUAGUGUUGAAAAUAUUAAUCCAUGAAAUGCUGAGAAGAUUUGACUGCUCCAUCUUUUAAAAAUAGUGACAAAGGAUAGCAAAACAGUAUUAAAAAGAUUCUACAUCGAGAAUAAGUGUAGCUAAUGGGGUGCCAUAGGAAUCUCUGCAGGCCUUAACUGUGCAGUUACUGAUGUUGCAAAGAUGUCUGGGAAAGCAAGAUGAGAGACAGAAAAAAAAUAAGAGGACUGAACAAGAAUGGCAGAACUAUUUAUGGAAUGUGAAGAAGAAGAAUUGGCGCCUUGGCAAAAAGGGAAUAAAGACGAUGAAGAUGAUGAUGAUGAGCCCAUUUUUGUGGGAGAGAUUACAAGCUCCAAAAACACCAGUUACCUAAGUAAAACAGGAGGCACAACAUUUAGUUUGGCACAGCGAGGAGGAAUGCAAAAUGGCGGACUCAGCAGAAGCAUGAUGGUCUCCUUUGGCAGUGAUGCAUCUUCUACAAUUCAGUCCGUCAACCAACAAUCUAUCACUUCUGCUCCAUCAAAUUCUAGCACAAUGGCUGCGUAUCAGCCAGGAUCUCGAACUAUGCCUGCUUCAUUAACAACACAGCCUAUGGUAUUAUCGCAGGGUUUUGUUGUAAAAGAUAUGGGUUCGCCUACAUCUGCAUCUCAGAGUUCAGGUGGCGCAAUGUACAAUAUAAAGAAUCCACGUUAUCAAAGCAGAACAAGUGUUCCUGUGUUAUCUGGAGUCACUUCACAAUCAGGAAGAACAGGGCUGCCUCAAUUAAGGCCAGUUGGUACGGGUCGAGCAAUUCCAAAUAUCAGUUAUAGUCCCACUCAAAUGAAUUCAUCUAUACCAAGUGGGCAGAAAUUGGGGCAGAAAAACUCUCCCAAACCUCUUCAAACAACUCAGAUCCUUAACCAUGCUAGUGGAAUAGCAAGUGCAGCCCAGAGCACAAAUGUCAGUAGCAAGCGCCCAGCAGCCUGUGAGAUAAACAGUAUUGGUUCAAAGAAAUCAAAGACAUUUGAAGCUGGAUCUGUAAAUAAUCCAUCAACUUUAUCACCAUCGUCAACUGGAUGUCCCGCAAUGGUGUCAUCGUUUAGCAGUACAUCAAAAGGAUCACAAAGUAAUAUUAAAAAUGGAGUACCGGUCCCAAGGGCUUGUCCAAAAUGCAAUAUUCACUUCAAUGUCUUGGAUUCUUUACGACAUCAUAUGGUUUUCUGCUGUCCAGAUCUGGUGUCCAGCUACUGUCCUGUAACAUCAUCUGAGCAAUCUCCAAACAAGGUAUUAGAAAUUGAAAAGGGGAAACUUAUAAUGUUGGUCAAUGACUUUUAUUAUGGAAAAGAUGAUGGUGAAGCCCACCUAAAUCAGCAAGAUCAGAAGACAAAUACAACUUUCAAGUGCUACAGCUGUCUGAAGAUCCUUAAGAAUAAUAUAAGGUUUAUGAACCACAUGAAGCAUCAUAUGGAACUGGAGAAGCAGAGUAGUGAGAGCUGGGAAAACCACACCACCUGUCAGCACUGCCAUCGUCAGUUCCCCACACCUUUCCAGCUACAAUGCCACAUUGAAACUGCUCACUGUCCAUAUGAGUCAACAACAAUUUGUAAAAUUUGUGAGUUAUCCUACGAAUCUGAGCAAGUCCUUCUACAGCAUAUGAAAGACAAUCAUAAACCAGGGGAAAUGCCAUAUGUUUGUCAGGUAUGCAGUUACCGGUCAUCAGUGUAUUCAGAUGUUGAUAACCAUUUCCGCGUUGUUCAUGAAAAUACCAAGCAGUUGCUCUGCCCGUUUUGCCUUAAAGUCAUUAAAAGUGGAAAUGCUUAUGUCCAGCAUUACAUGAGGCAUCAGAAAAAAGGAGUUUACCGUUGUAGCAAAUGUAAGCUUCAGUUUUUAACCUGUAAAGAAAAGGUGGAUCAUAAGACUCAACACCAUAGGACAUUUAGAAAACCUGCACAAUUAGAAGGCCUACCUCCUGGCACAAAGGUUACUAUUCGAGCUUCCAUGACACCUUUUCCAGUUGGAUCAUCUUCCAUGCCUUCAGUUAAUUCUGCAACUAGUUCUACACUCCGGAGCUCAUCAUCAGUAACAGUAAACACUAAAUUGUACUCAUCAGCUAUAAACCAAGUUACUACCAUAGGAAGUUCACAACCAGCUCCAUACUUUAAAGAGGAAAAGAAGAAAAAUACAGCCAAUAAAAAAAUAACCAAACCUUUUAAUAUUGAUCUUCAGUUUUUCAGGGCCAGAUGUGGUGUUCACAAAUGUAUUGAGUGUGACACAGAAGUUAAAGAGUUCACCAGCCACUUUGCCACUUACGCCCGUUGUUCCCUUUGUCGAUUCAGAAGUAGUUGCAACAAAUCUUAUGUGACCCAUAUGAUGAGCUUUCACACUGUCCCAAGUAAAAAGAAAUUUUGGAUGUUCAGAGGAUAUUCAAACAAACUGAGAAAUAUAAAACUAGUAUGUGCUAGUUGUCCAUUUGAGGCCAGCGUUACUGAUUCAGACAAUAUGGCAAAACAUCUUGAUCAAAACAAGCUCCAUGUCUGCCGCAUCAUUUCAAAAUCCAGUGCUUCCGGUGUUGUUGACAAUAUGUUCCAGGGGAAUGAGCAAAUCUCAACACUUGAUGAAAUAAAGAAGACUGAGGCGAAACCAUCUUCUGCAUUACCUGAUAUAGAAAUUUUGGAAAUUGAUUUAUCUGCUGAUGGAAACCAGGACAAAGAUGAUCAGCCUUUAAAAUGUGAGGUUGAGAGUUCAUCUGUGGAAGCUGUGCCUUCACCACAUUGUGACAAACUAGGUGAUCAGCAAGACGAAGUAAACUCCGAUGAAAAUAUAGAAAGUAAUGAACGUACUGAGAAAACAACAGAUGGUCUGCUGUCUGAAUUGACUACAGAGAAGGGAUGUGAUGCUGAUGAAAGAGCUCAGGACAAUUCCUCAGAUCGAACACUCACACCUCCAAACACUAAUGAAGCACAGGAUUUCAAGUCAGUUGAUAAUGAUGUAGAAAUAAUUCAAAAUGAAUUUGAGGGAAUUGAUGCUUGUGAUGAAACUAAAGAUUGCAAAACUCUUACGGAUUCACUGCAGAAAUGUAAACAGACAGGAAACGAGGGAAUGGAUAAAGAAAAAUCUGUUCAAGAAAAGAGUGAUGAUGCAAAUGUAGAACAGGAUAAGGAUUCCAAAGAAGAUGUUUGCUUUGAGCAGUUUUUUAGGAGCAAAGAUGAGCCAGAAGCUGUUGGCUCUGAUGUGAGUGAGCAAGGCAGCAUUCAGCUGGAACCACUCACUCCUUCUGAGGUUUUAGAACAUGAAGCUACUGAGAUUCUACAGAAAGGGAGUGUGGUGACUGCCACCAAGAGAAGGGGAACAACUGCUGCAGAGGAAAGUAAUAAAGAGACAACUCCUGCUACAAUACUGAUAAGCUCAGAGCAUCUAGAUGAAAAUGAAAAGAGCUGAAGUCUUGCAUGAGACGUUGACUAUCUUAUUGGACUUGAUUCACAGAUACACGUACACCAAGCACACAAACACAUGUACUGUUAAAAGGCUUUGAUAUUCUUAUCCCUGUUCAGACUACAGUUCACAUUCUUGUCUUUGAAAAAAGCAAAUGGCAUGUGAAUAGAAAAGACUUACAAAUCUGUAGAAUUCUGUAUAAAGUUAAGCACCUUUAUAGGUGCAGUCUUGGCAGGCUCUCAGCUUACCUACGUAAACUUUCAGUGAAAGUGGAAUCAUUACAAAAAAGCAUAAUUAUGUCAUUGUGCAGCUGUGCAGAAAAAUCGAAUCAGUCAGGCACAAGACGACGUAAUAUUGCUGUUGCUGUAACCCAGUGCAUAUUAUUUUUAUUAGUCUUUGCAAUAGAGAUAGACCGUUUAGGAUGGGUUACAUGGUAAACCAAAGUGCAGUUCAUCCUUUCCUUUUACUGUAGUAAAUAGGAUAUGUUGUGUUAAGUAAUGCUUUAUUUGUAUUGGCAUGUAUCUUUUGUUGUUCAGCAGUUUAUUCUGCUUACAGCGGUAGACUACAAGGCAGGAACUGCAGAAUAUGUAACAAUGAAUUGUUUUUUUUUAAACUGCAGUACUUUAUAGUGCCAAGCUAACUGACUAUAUGAGGAAGAAUAAAGCUGCUUAAAAUUAUACUGAAUAUUUUUUACUACAUAUUUGGUAAAUAGCUUCAGAUACGUACUUUGCUAGUGAUUGGCAGUGGCUUGCUUUGAUGUACAGUUUCUGCAGAAAACAACAAAUUCCUAUUUAAGUAUCAAAAUUUUAGACUUGAUUCUUUUAGAUGUGGCUAAUUUUACUUUGUUAUAAAGUUGUUUUAUUUUAUGAGUACCAGAUUUGGAAGUAAGAGCACCCUGAAGCUGAUAUUUGUUCAUUUCUGCUAAGUGCAUUUUGCUAAAGACUAGUUGAAUAAAAGAAUAUAAAAUAGCAUGCAUCAAAAGUUGAUGAAUCUAAUUUACUGAUUUUCAUAUAGGAUAACUACUUUUUAAAUCACUCUUCCAACUACUCUUAGUUCUUGGGGAAAAAAACACCUGAAAAUAUUCUUUGUCCAUCUGUCAAUAAAAGAGAAUUUUUAAUAUUUUAUUAUAUAGAAUAAUUUUUCUUAAAAGGACCUCCUAGAUUCAAAGCCCCAAAACAAUAAAAAAAACUCAUAAAACUCAAUUCCUUUUGUUUUGUAUAACGUACUGAAUAGUUGCACUUUCCACUUAAUAAAAUGUGAACAAUCUUUAUUUAUGUUCUUUGAUUAAAAUGGAAUCAUCCUAUCUUCUUUAUUACGUGCAUUUCCAAACCCACCUAAAAUGACUAUGUUUUCAUAGAAUUCUGGAUGCCCUAUGACAUUUAUAUUAAUAUUUGAUUGUUUUGUAGAAACAGUACUAAUAUAUUUUUGCUUGACCUUUUCUGCAGGCAUUUUAACAAAUCUCCCACAUCAUUUGCUGCCAUGCAUCCUCCUUCCUUGGAUGGGAGGUGGGCUUGCCAUUGAUGCCCUUCUGAAGUUCUAUAUCUGAAUGUCUUCUUGUUCAUGAUAUUAGUUGGUCGUGGCUUUUCAUUUUCCUCCUCGAAAAUCUCCUUAAUUGUUGGUGAUUACCCUGGCUAGUUUAAAUUUCAGCAGCUUUGGAAUUAGUCAGCUGCUUCCUUUUAACUAUUAGUUGCGACUGUAAUUAUAAGAAAAAUCUGUUGCAAAAUGUAUUGCAAAGUCUUGAUAUCAGUGGAAUACAGCAAACUCUCACACCCAGUUUUAUUGACUUCACAGGAUCAUUGCUAUCCUAAUGCAAAAUUUGAGAUCAGUUACUGAUGGUGUAAAAGCUAUUCUGUUUAAUGAAAUAGAUUUGUUUUUCAGACUGGCAAAUAAAUUGCAAACAGUCCCUUGUAACUCCUUCAAAAUAUUAGUUUUUAUUUCAAGAUAUUUUAUACAACUUAUUGGCUGUGGCAAGAGAGAUACUCAGCUGUGUUUUUAUUCCAUGUGGACAUAACAUGAGAUUUGUUUGAUUGUAGUUACCCACCGGGUCUUUGUGAUUUAGCAUGUGCAGUCUACUUUGUAAGGGAAAAGAGAAAUGAAAUGCAGCUCCAUCUAAUAUAAUUUCCUUUACACAGUUAAUUUAUAGCAGGGUUGUAAAUACUUUUGUAUGUGUUUUAAAUGAUUAAUUUAGAAAUUGUUAGUACUUUACUUUAAGACUAAUCACCAUAUUUGUAUGUUGGAGUUAUGUUGAUCUUUCAUUGUCGUUAUACCUCUAAAAUGUAAAUUUACUUGUUCCACUCCAGGACACUCGCACUUCAGUUCAUGAUUUGCUCAUGAAUGUUGGGUAUAAAACGCAACUUUAAGCAAAGCAAUGUGCAACUGAAUAAAUAUAGAUGCCCAUGCUUGUGAAUGUUGGCAAAUGGACAGGUGCCAGAUUUUAGGCUAAUUUACAUUACUGGAGAAAGCUCCAGUUGUCAGGAAUUUGGACCUUUGAAAUAUAAAAGUGAUAACAUUGGUAGCACACAGUGCGAAGGCUUUUCCUUUCAGUGUGACUGUAUUUAAUGCUAGUUAACUUGGAUGAAGAAAUAUGUUUCCAUUGCUGCUGUUGCUACUUUUAGUUCUGGAAUUCAAUUGAUUCCUAUUCAGAGUAAAGUUACUGUACACAGGGAGGGGUGGAAAUAAUGGUUUGUAUACUUUUUCUUCUUGUAGAAGUUAAAUGUAACUUUAAUGCCAGUGCCUGCAAGCUCAAAUAAAGAAAAUGCAUCUAAUGA